AUCCUUUUGAUAAGAACUAGUCUGGCGUUUAUGAUGAAAAGAAUAUCUUGUCAGCUUACUACCGCGGCGCCGCCAACUAGAACCGCAAUGGGAAAUACAUUCUUUGCCCAUCGCGGCAAGGGAUGCGGAUAUGAAUUCAGGAACCAUUUUCUUCCCACUAAGAAUAGCUUAUUAAUGGAGAUUGUGGGGUAAACGUUCUGGGACUCCAACUGAUCGGGGAUAGCGGCCGCUUCUCGCUAUUGAGAACUCCACCUCCGAUGUUCAGACCGCGGCAUUCGUUUGAAUGAUCCUCCGUGCCUGAUGAGGACGUCCGAUGAGAAACCUUCCAUGGCGUUGCAUACGUAAACGCCAAUUCUUUCAUUGAACAUCGUCCUGUCUUAGCUUCGCUUUGGCCCACGACCUUGGAGGCGUCAGCUUGUAAAUUCUAAGUUACUACACUACACGAAGAUCUCGGGUACCCGCCGAUAUAGCCAUUCUUCUAUGUCUCACACAUCAAUAUCACCAAUAAAUCGUCAUGUUCAGUCGCACUAUAGCUCGCGCCAGUCGUGGCACGACGCUCCUUAGGAGUUGUCAGCAAGGCAGCUUAGUACGCCGCUAUUCUGUCGUGAAAGAUGAAAGACCGUCGUCACUGCCUUUGGCAGGUUACCGCGUGUUGGACAUGACUAGGGUUUUAGCUGGCCCGUAUUGUACACAGAUCCUUGGCGACCUUGGCGCAGAAGUAAUCAAAAUCGAGCACCCGACGCGCGGGGAUGAUACGCGAGCUUGGGGGCCGCCAUAUGCAGCCUACCGAGACGGAUCUCACCUCGAAGGUCCAGGUGAAUCUGCCUACUUCUUAGGUGUAAAUCGCAAUAAGAAGUCGGUCGGCCUAUCUUUUCAACAUGCCGAGGGUGUGGAGAUCCUGCACAAGCUUGCAGCGAAAUGCGAUAUCCUGGUUGAGAAUUACCUGCCAGGCACACUGAAAAAGUACGGCAUGGACUUCGAAACGUUACAUAAAAUCAACCCUAGCUUGAUUUAUGCCUCGAUCACGGGGUACGGUCAAACGGGGCCGUACUCUCAGCGAGCCGGAUACGACGUCAUGGUGGAAGCGGAGUUUGGGCUGAUGCAUAUUACCGGUAAUCGAGACGGACCUCCGGUGAAAGUCGGCGUCGCUGUCACGGAUUUAACCACCGGCCUUUACACCAGUAAUAGUAUCAUGGCAGCCCUUCUGUCUCGCGCCAAAACAGGUCGUGGCCAGCAUAUCGAUGUCGCCCUAAGCGAUUGCCAAACCGCAACGCUUGCCAAUAUCGCAAGUAGUUGUCUUAUCAGUGGGAAGAAAGACUCGGGUAGAUGGGGCACAGCUCAUCCAUCGAUUGUGCCAUACAAAUCGUUUAAGACGAAAGAUGGAGAUGUGCUCUUCGGUGGCGGAAACGACAGAUUAUUCGGGAUCCUGUGCGACGGUCUAGGGCGACCAGAGUGGAAGACGGAUCCGAAAUAUAGCGUCAACUCGCAACGGGUAGCCAACCGGGUUGAGCUUGAAGACGAGAUCGAAAAAAUUAGUACCCAGAAGACGACACAGGAGUGGCUAAAAGUCUUCGAAGGAAAGGGCAUGCCAUACGCUGCUGUCAACGAUGUCCAGGGCGCACUAAAUCACGAGCAUACCAAGGCUCGGAAUAUGGUGGUUGAGGUAGAACAUGGCCAAUGUGGCUCGAUCAAGUUGGUCAACACACCUGUUAAAUACAGCGAGAGUAACCCUAGUGUCCGAAUUGCACCUCCAACACUAGGCCAACAUACGGAUGAAAUCCUAUCAGAGAUUCUUGGGUUGGACGCUGGUGAGGUAACUGCACUGAAGGAGAAAGGAGCUGUAAGGUAAAAUCUAAUUGAAUCAUGACUAAAAGAAUAUAUAAUUCAAGCAGACCAGUUUCAUGUUUUUCUCGUCCGUCUUUGUCGUCUGAUCU